GAAACUAAAAAAAAAUAGUAAGUAUUCAUAAAAAAAACACCCAGUGAUAUAGAAGAGCAAUGUCGGUCAAAUCUGCAGCACUCUCCAAGAGCAGAGACAUGAAUUACACACGUUUUAUCACAGCAGUGAGCGCCGCCAGGCAAGUUUCUCCUAUAAGAGCUUUCACUGAUCUUCUCAUGCGGUCUCCACCAACUGUUAUAUCACUUGCUGGAGGGGUUCCUAAUCCCGAAACAUUUCCAUUCAAAUCAGCCAGUUUGACUGUCAGUGAUGGAACAACCAUUGAGAUAGGAGAGAAUUUGAUGAAGAAGGCCCUCCAGUACUCUGCAACACCUGGUGUUCCUGAAUUAGUUACCUGGUUAAAGGAUUUGCAGAAAAGUUUGCACAACCCACCAACUCUUACUUAUUGUCCUGAUAAAGGGCAGAUGGAACUUUGUGUCACUACUGGCAGCCAGGAAGGACUAUCAAAGAUUUUUGAUAUGCUCGUAAGCCCUGGAGACAAUGUGUUACUGGAUGCUCCAACAUACUCUGGUACCCUGGCUGCUUUGAAGCCUUUGGGCUGUAACCUUAUUAGUGUCCCCAGUGACCAGCAUGGGAUAAUCCCUCAAGCCCUUAAGGAUGUGCUUUCAAGGUGGAGGCCAGAGGAUGCAACAAAGCCUGAAAGCAAAUGCCCCAAAUUUCUGUACACCAUUCCUAACGGUGGCAAUCCAACUGGAGCUUCCCUAACUGCCGAGCGCAAAACCAAAAUCUAUCAGCUUGCUCAAGAAUAUGAUUUUCUUAUCAUUGAGGAUGAUCCCUAUUAUUUUCUUCAGUAUAGCAAGCCAUGGGCUCCUUCUUUCCUGUCAUUGGAUAUUGAUGGUCGAGUUAUUAGAGCUGACUCCAUGUCGAAAAUUCUCUCUUCUGGACUCAGAAUUGGCUUUUUGACAGGUCCUAAGCCUCUUAUUGACAGAAUAAUUUUGCAUAUGCAAGCGUCAACAUUGCAUACAAGUACUUUUACUCAGAUAAUGAUAUCACAGUUACUCAACAAAUGGGGAAUAGAAGGCUUCUUGAAACAUGUUGAAAGUGUAAUUGAGUUCUAUAGAAAACAGUGUGAUGCAAUGAUUUUAUCUGCUGAAAAAUGGCUAACAGGCUUGGCAGAGUGGCACAGGCCUUCAGCUGGCAUGUUUUUGUGGCUGAAGAUAAAUGGCGUGUCAGAUACACAUCAAAUGAUUAUGCUAAAGGCGAUAAGCAAAGAGGUUCUGCUCGUGCCUGGGUCAGCAUUUAAUAUUGAAAGCUCAGAUCCCAGUUCUUAUGUGAGGGCAGCUUUUUCAUUAUCGUCACCUGAGAAGAUAGAUCAAGGUUUUGAAAGGCUAGCUGCCCUAAUCAUGGAAGAAAGAAAAUAAUGCAACAGCUUCUACAUUUUACAUAAAAUUGUAGGGUUUUCUGUAUAUUCUAUAUGUUUAAUAACAUUAUAAUCAACAGU